AUGCCCAAGUUUUACGGCACGGCCCGAUGGAUGCCAAAGCUCAUUUUGUUGCAAAUAUUAUGCCUGCAGUGUUCUCACUACGUGGCUCAAGGUCUCGUGCUUGGUAUUUGUCAUGGUGCUCACGUGACACUGGACCAGUUCUUUGCUUACUACACACAAAAUAUCGCCGAUUCCAAUGGUCGUAAGAAUUGCUUUGCCAUUCUCGUUGCUAGUAUUAUCAGCGCCGUGUGUCUCAUGCUCUUUGUGGAGCGUGCUAAAAAGUGUCUGGACUUUGGUAUCACGCUGUACUUUAUUGACUUUCUUGUGCAGUGUUUCUAUUCCGAAUUCCCAAAGACAUUGGACUGGUGGCUCUUGCAUCUUGUGGCGUCAGGUGUGACGAUUCUCCUGGGAGAAUAUCUAUGUUCACGUCGUGAACUGGAGGAAAUUCCAAUGGUGGAUCUCUUUACGAAACGUGCUUCACGUCAGAACUAG